CAAGGUUUUAGAAUAACUAAUUGUUUGACAAUGAAAGUAUCUGUGAUUUUCUGCUUGCUGUUUGUGGCGGCUGCCCAUGCCGUACCCUUUUUACAGAAAUUAAGUGAACCCACCGAGGGCAAAACAUGGGUGGUGUUGGUAGCUGGAUCAAAUGGGUGGUAUAAUUACAGACAUCAAGCUGAUGUAUACCACGCUUACCAAGUUGUGAUCAAUCACGGAAUCCCCGCCGAAAAUGUCAUUGUCUUGCACUACGAUGACAUGGCUAACAGCGUAAAUAACCCUGUUAAAGGCACCGUCAUCUAUGAGGAGGGUGGUGAUGAUGUCUAUCAUGGUGUACCCAAGGACUUUGUUGGCAAAGAGGUUACACCAGAGAACUUUUUGGCCGUACUUCGUGGUGACGAGACAUUGGCUAAAGCGGGCAAACGUGUGGUCAAUAGUGGACCAAAUGAUCGUAUAUUUGCCUUUUUCGCUGACCAUGGUGCACCCGGUUAUGUAUCAUUCCCGCACUCAGUUUUACACGCUACUGAUUUGAAUAAGGAGUUGAUCCAAAUGCACAAAGAUAAACGCUACUCCACCUUGGUGUUUUAUUUGUCAGCUUGCGAAUCGGGCACAAUGUUUGAGAAACUAUUACCCGCUGAUAUCAAUGCGUUCGCCAUCACCGCCACCAAUACAGUUGAGUCCGGGUGGGCGUGCAAUCACGAGCCCAAAAAGUAUAAAACUUACCUAGCUGGUUGGUUCGCGGUUAAUUGGCUAAACAACACCGUCACCAACGAUCCUAAUAAAGAGACCCUGGAGGAACAGUACGAGUAUAUUAAGAUCCAUAAUAAUUUCACCAUGGACGGCGGUAACUAUUCACAACACGCUCAACAAUACGGUGAUCUCACCUUGGCAAACAAGGAUCAUAUUGGCCAGUACCAGGGUGGCAAAAAGGUUUUUGCUAACUCUGUGGCGAGACCAGUUACCGGUUUCUCACCAUCACGUGACGUACCCAUCAAUAUAUUGAAACACCAAAUUGAGUCCGCAAAUGACGCUGAUGAGAAACAAAAGUAUGUGGCUGAAUUGAAUGCUCUGUUAGCCGGUAGACAAAUGCUGGACAAACAGAUCGUGCAAUACGUCAAUAGUAUCGCUGAUAUACCCGGUGUUGACGUCAAUGUUGUACUCAAUGAGAAACUUGAGUUGAAUAACUUUGCUGGCUAUCGACAAUUUGUGGAUACUUUCCACGAACAUUGUUAUAACUUGGGACAGAAUACCUAUGCGUUGGGCAAAAUGCACGCAUUUGUGAACAUCGCCGAGCAGUUGACCGAAUCGAGUGCCGCGAACCUAGCGGUCGACCGAUUGAGACAAUUCUGUGCCGCAAAUGUUGCC